AUGCACGCUGAUGUCUGCUUUCUGUUCUGCGUGUGUUUUCUCUCUGGAGCUCUGCAGCUGCACUCACAGGUCAUUCAGACCGGCAGUCAGAUCAGAUCCAGACGAGAAACAAACAGAAGAGAGAGAGAAACACACAAACCCGGCAGCACAUUACUGAUGAGAAGUCCAGACGUCACGAAAGCACCCGUCACAAAAUCCCAACAGCUGCUGAAGUUAGAUGACCAUGACUUCACCAUGAGGCCUGGCUUCGGAGGUCCUGCGAUACCUGUGGGAGUGGACGUUCAGCUGGAGAGUCUGGACACCAUCUCUGAAGUUGAUAUGGACUUCACCAUGACGCUCUACCUGAGACACUACUGGAAGGACACGCGUCUGUCUUUUCCCAGUAAAAGAAACCAGAGCAUGACCUUUGACGGUCGACUGUUGAAGAAGAUCUGGGUACCAGACAUCUUCUUCGUUCAUUCCAAACGUUCAUUCAUCCAUGACACCACCACAGAGAACCUCAUGCUCAGAGUUUAUCCCGACGGCAAAGUUCUCUACAGUUUGAGGGUCACGGUCACAGCAAUGUGUAAUAUGGAUCUGAGUCACUUUCCCCUGGACACGCAGACAUGUUCACUGGAGAUUGAGAGCUAUGCUUAUACUGAUGAUGAUCUGAUGCUGUACUGGAAAAGAGGAAACAGAUCUCUGCAGACGGACGAGAAGAUUUCUCUCUCUCAGUUUCUCAUUCAAGAGUUUCACACCACUUCUAAACUAGCUUUCUACAGCAGUACUGGUUGGUACAAUCGUCUGUACAUCAACUUCACUCUGCGGCGUCAUAUCUUCUUCUUUCUGCUGCAGACCUACUUUCCCGCCACUCUGAUGGUCAUGUUGUCCUGGGUGUCCUUCUGGAUCGACCGGCGGGCCGUUCCUGCCAGAGUUCCUCUGGGCAUUACCACGGUGCUCACCAUGUCCACCAUCAUCACGGGAGUCAACGCCUCCAUGCCCAGAGUGUCUUACAUUAAAGCUGUGGACAUUUACCUGUGGGUCAGCUUCGUCUUUGUCUUUCUGUCUGUGAUCGAGUACGCCGCUGUCAAUUACCUGUCCACCUUACAGGAGCGUAAAGAGAGGACACAACGCAGUAAGUUGCCGUGUACGUGUGGAAUGGUUCAUCCGGGGCAGAUGAUGUACAGCAGCAGUUACAGUGACAUGGACGUGAUGACCACCGGGAACUAUGGCAUGUCCGAGCUGAACGGAGACAAACAGGAGCAGUUCCUGAUGCAUUUAGUUUUGGAUAAUGAUCAAGGACCUUCAAGCAGCAGUUUAUAUAUAGACACACACGCUAUUGACAAAUACUCCCGGGUCAUCUUCCCCGGAGCGUACACACUCUUCAACAUUAUAUACUGGUCUAUAUACUCUCGGUGA